AUGGAAACAAUAAACCAAACAGGAGUAACAAACUUUCUCCUUAUGGGAUUCACAGAGGACGCUGACCUGCAAUCCCUCCUCUUUGGGUUGCUCCUGCCCAUGUACCUGGUCACCAUCACAGGAAACCUACUCAUUAUCCUGGCCAUCACCUCAGACUCGCACCUCCACACACCCAUGUACUUCUUUCUCUCCAACCUGUCCUUUGCUGACAUCGGUUUCACCUCCACCACCAUCCCGAAGACACUGGUGAACAUACACACUCAGAAUAAAGCCAUCACCUUUGCAGGCUGCAUCACACAGAUGUGUUUCUUCAUUGUGUUUGGGUGCCUGGACAAUUUGCUGCUAACAGCAAUGGCCUAUGACCGCUUUGUAGCCAUCUGUCACCCCCUGCGCUACACGGUCAUCAUGACCCCACGGUUCUGUGGGCUGCUGGCUCUGGGGUCCUGGAUGAUCAGUGUCAUGGGAUCUCUGUCUGAGGUUUUGACUGUUUUGAGGCUGUCCUUUUGUGCUAAUACCAAAAUCCCCCAUUUCUUUUGUGAUCUGCCUGAAGUCCUGAAGCUUGCCUGUUCUGACACCCUCAUCAAUAACAUCAUAGUAUAUUCUGCAACCAUCGUCUUAGCUGUCUUUCCACUUACUGGGAUUCUUUUCUCUUAUUCUCAGGUUUUCUCCUCCAUUCGGAGAAUAUCAGCAGCAGGGGGCAAAUACAAAGCCUUUUCCACCUGUGCAUCUCACCUCUUGGUGGUCUCUUUGUUCUAUGGCACAGGUCUUGGAGUCUACCUCAGCUCUGUAGCUACAGUGUCCUCCAAGAUGAGUCUGAUUGCCUCAGUGGUGUACACCAUGGUCACCCCCAUGCUUAAUCCCUUCAUCUACAGUCUGAGAAAUGGGGAUAUGAAGGGUGCUAUAAGGAGGCUCCUGAGUAACAUGGGACCUCUCACUGAGCAGACCAUGGCAGGACCCUGA